CGGAAAACGAUCUCGGCAAUGUGGCCCCACACUGGAUCAAGGACGAUGAGGUCUCGAUGUGUCAGCUGUGCAGCAAAUCAUUUACAGCGUUAAAACGGCGGCACCAUUGUCGUGCAUGUGGAAGGGUUGUGUGCGGAAAGUGUUCAUCAAAAAAGAGUAAUUUAGCGUAUGACAACAACAAGCCAAAUCGGGUCUGUGAUAAAUGUUUCGUCAUCCUGAAAAACGUGGAUGGAAAGGUGGUGGACCAGAAAGUUCCUAAAGGGGUGAAUUUGAUGAAUGCCAAUGACCCCUCUAUUCUCUCUGGGUACCUCCAGAAGAGCAUGGAUCGAGGCAAGACUUGGAACAAGAGAUGGUUUGUCAUUACCAAGGAGUUUGCCAUGUACGAAUUUAAGGCUCACCAUGAUAUUUAUGCCAUAGCAACCCUACCAUUACCAGGUUACCAAGUAAUAUUUCCUGUGGACAACAUCGAGAAUGUCUUUUGUUUGAGUCACCAGCAGAAACUUCCUCCCACUUAUCUACAGUCCGAGUGUACUGCAAGCAGAGACAGAUGGUUGAAUGUACUAAAAAAGAUGGUGAACUUGGAACUUCCCGAGGAAUCGAACCGAAACUCCACUCAUUCCUCCGAGAGUUCCGGAAGCCAGAACGCAGAAGAUGGCUGUGACACGACGUCCUAGUUGAAUUAGCUGCACAACACAUGAAACUCAAACUAGAGAGCACAACUGAACUAACUUAUAACAUGGAAGUCAGUUUCUUCUAUGGUGAAAACAUCUCAUAAGCUGUAACAUAGUGGAUAAACUCUUAUUAUGUGAAAGUCGACUUUUUGUGCAUAUCAAAUGAAGAUAUGUAUCUGAGAGUUAGCUCUAGUGAGCACAUAAAAACCUGAAUUUUAGUGGGUAACCACUAAAAGCUGGAAAGUCAGGUCUAGAUAAUGCAUCAACUGAGACCGAUGGUUGCCAUUUAUAACAGAAAAGUCAGCUUAAAAGAGUGUCACAACAGCAAUGUAUUGGACAGCAAAUCGUAUCAUAAGAUCAUUGAAUCAUCAUUCAUUAUGAACUUUGAACAAGAAAAGUAUAUAUAUAUAUAUAUAUAU